CUCAUAAUCGACUUGUUGCAUGUGUAUCUUAUAAUCAGUGAUGUAGAUAUUUUCCAUGUUCAUUUGAAAUGUAAACGGAAAUACUGCGAUGAUCAGAUAUUUUGAACAACGCUGAACAUUAUCACAACGAAACUCGAUUAUAUAAAUCUCAGAAUGUUAGCCAUAUAAGCAUUAGUUAAAUGGAGAUACAACUUUAGUCAGCGCAUUCUCUUUUUAAAUGAUGUCGUCUUCGAUUGUGUGGGCAUUUUUGCUAAUGCCAAAUAUAUGCAUCUUGGGUCAGUCAGAGAGAUCGUGGAAUUUUGAAGUAAUUAGUGCUUCUGUGACGUCCUCCGAUGAAAGCAAAGUUAAUGCGUCCAUACAUCUUAAUCGGAUCUCAUUUAGUGAAACGGUCGUUUCGGCAAACGCUUAUUGGAACUGCGACGCCGAUGACGAUUCCACGGCGAAUGUCGUUAUUUUGCAUAGUCGCAGUGGCCGUGAAAGUGACUACAGUAAAACUCCCUACCAAAUACCAAAUCAAAGCUUAAAGACUUUUUUGGAUACCUAUUACCAUGACAUGCUCUACUCAAAUGUGGCAAACUGCUCAAAUUUACCGCCAUAUUUCGAUGUACCACCAGUGAAGAUGAGAUACAUUUUGAAUGAAUGUCCUUUGACUGGCGACGGUUUUCCUUAUAUUAUGCCUUUGGGAUACUACAAAUUUCGCCUGGAGAUUAAAGCCGAAGGAACGCUGACAAUUUCCUUUAUUGUUAAGCUGACGUCGAAAUCAAUGGGAUAAUAAGUUGUAACAUACAUAGA